UCGCCCUGUGAAGCGUGGAAACCCUAGAUCGCCCUGUGAAGCGUGGAAACCCUAGCUCUGUAUCUGUGUCUGUCUCUCUCGCCCUUCCUCCAUUGAACCUGCUUCACUAGUUCAAACAUGACCACCAAACUAUUUUGCUCCAUGUGCCUGCGGCGCAGUCUGUUUCUCAAAACGCCAAGCCAUUUUCGCUUUGAUUUCUCAAAUCUUGCAGAGAAUAAUGUUAGCAACAGCAAUGCCCCUUCAGAAAAUCUCUUCGCGCACUUCGUUACCACCAGAUUCAACAUAUCUUCAGCCGUCGCCGCAAAAAUGUUGAAAAAGGAGCCCACAUUGGGGCGGCUCAAAACCCUGGAUAAGGUGGAACAGCUCGCGGACAUGCUCAACAGACACGGCUGCACCGAAGUUCAAAUUGCAAACAUAAUCAGAUUGCGGCCAUCGCUAAUGAAGACAAGUGCGGAAAGAGUGCUGGAGCCCAAGAUUCAAUUGCUAAAAGAUUUGGGCGUGGAGAGGGAAAAUAUACCCAAAAUUGUAACCAUGUCCCCGAAUAUCUUGGCCUCUAAGCUGGAGACCCUCCGUUCCAAUCUUGAAUUUCUCAAGUCUGUAUUCCUGACCAACGAUUUUCUGGUCAGAGCAAUUAUGAGAAGCCCCAAUAUAAUUGUCCUGAGCGUGCAGAAUAAAUUGAAACCCUCGAUCGCCUUUUGGGAGGGUUUCGGCUUUCAUGGAGUAGAGUUCAUCAAGUUUUUGUUGUUUAAUCUUAAGAUUUUGACUUGCAGUUCUCUGUCGCCCGAGCAACGUGAUCUCAUUCGCAAGAUUGGCAUUCAAAAGGAAAGCAAAAUGUACAAAUACGUUGUGAGCAUCGUGGCCAGAAGCCGCAUCGAAGGGUUAGAGGCCAAGAUAAAGAUUCUUCAGCUUUGCGGCCUCUCGCCUGAAGAAGUCUGGGGAUUAGUUAGGGCUAACCCUGUAGUACUCACAAAGUCGGAGGAAAGUAUUAAGACAAAGAUGGACUUUAUACUCAAUCACAUGGGACUCUCUGUAGACUUUGUGACGAAGUAUCCAAACAUGAUUUCAAUGAGUUUGGACAAGGUAAUUUGGCCCAGGUUUUUGGUUUUGCAAAGUAUGACAGCAAUGAAUGGAGCGGGGGAGGUUAAACCGACGCGACUUGGUACUAUGUUGAUGUUGACCGAGGCCAAGUUUGUCGCCCGGAUCAUAGAAAGGCACCCUGAAUCCGCUGCUCUGUGGACUGUUUAUAAAAAUGCCAUUGCUGAUGUCUCAAAAAGCUCAAAGAUAAAGAGGUUUUCAGUUUCUUAGCAUUUGAUUUUUUUAAUUUGUUGAACUCGGGAGACUUGAGUACAUGGGCAUGCUAAAUGGUGGAGAUACUGGUUUUGACCCUGUUUUCCCAGAGAAGAUGUGGAAUGCACAAACUACUGCCCAUGAUUUGGGAUUGUAAUCAAGGUAUGCUUGUAAAUUGUCAGAUUUAUAUAAUGACCAUCUAAUUACUUAA